CAUUUUUGGCGGGAAGCAUUUUCCAUGUUUUCCUCGCAUUUCCUUGCAAACAGCGUCUUCGAAAACAUCUUUAACAGCAGCUGUCUGUAUUUAUUGUUAUCCGCCAGCUGCACAUUUACAAAACAAAGAAUAUGGCUCGACGCGACUAUGCCCAAGAUAAAGAAUCUAUCAAGACCUUUCUGUCUGAAUUCUGCAAAUGCAACGACGAGGACGGCAAGAAGGAGUUUGUUUAUGGCUCCCAACUGGUGAAACUGGCCCAUCGGGAGCAGGUUCUGAUCACCAUCGAUCUGGAUGAUCUGGCGGAGUUCAACGAGAGCCUGGCGGAGGCGGUAAUCGAGAAUUGCCGACGUUACGCGGCUAUUUUCAGCGAUGUUAUUGCCGAACUGCUGCCCAGCUACAAGCAGCAGGAGGUGCACGCCAAGGAUGCCCUGGAUGUGUACAUCGAGCACCGGUUGAUGAUGGACGCCCGCACCCGGAAUCCCAUGGAGCAGCGCGACGAGCGAAACAGCUUCCCCGCGGAGCUGAUGAAGCGAUUUGAGGUAGGGUUCAAGCCACAGUCUACGGAAAAGGCGCACUCCAUACGCGAGGUUAAGGCCCAGCACAUUGGAAAACUGGUCACAGUACGUGGCAUCGUCACUCGCUGCACGGAGGUUAAGCCCAUGAUGGUGGUGGCCACCUAUACAUGCGAUCGUUGCGGUUCGGAGACCUAUCAGCCCGUGAACUCGCUUUCCUUUACCCCGGUGCAUGAUUGCCCAUCAGAUGACUGUCGAGUGAACAAGGCUGGCGGCAGACUGUACCUGCAGACGCGCGGCUCCAAGUUCAUCAAGUUCCAGGAGCUCAAAAUUCAAGAGCACAGUGACCAGGUGCCAGUGGGUCACAUUCCCCGCACCAUGACCGUGCUCUGCCGCGGAGAAGUAACUCGAAUGGCUCAGCCGGGCGACCACAUUGUGGUAUCUGGUGUAUUCUUGCCUCUGGUGCGCAGUGGCUUUGCCCAGAUGAUUCAAGGUCUGCUGUCGGAGACCUUCUUGCAGGCUCACCGCAUUAUUUGCAUCAACAAGAACGAUGAGAUUUCGGAAAAGGAUGCCGAACUUACCCCCGAAGAACUGGAAGAGUUGGCCCAGGAUGACUUCUACGAACGCCUGGCCACCAGCUUGGCUCCUGAAAUCUACGGGCAUCUGGAUGUUAAGAAGGCUUUGCUGCUCCUCUUGGUAGGAGGAGUGGACAAACGCCCGGACGGCAUGAAAAUCCGUGGCAACAUCAACAUCUGCUUGAUGGGCGAUCCCGGUGUGGCCAAGUCCCAGCUGUUGGGCUACAUCAGCCGUCUGGCAGUGCGCUCCCAGUACACCACCGGCCGAGGAUCCUCAGGAGUGGGUUUGACGGCGGCGGUGAUGAAGGAUCCACUCACCGGAGAGAUGACUCUGGAGGGAGGAGCUCUGGUGCUGGCAGAUCAGGGUGUGUGCUGCAUUGACGAGUUCGACAAGAUGGCUGAUACUGAUCGUACAGCUAUCCACGAGGUGAUGGAGCAGCAGACCAUCUCCAUAGCCAAGGCCGGAAUCAUGACCACUCUGAAUGCUCGCGUUUCCAUUCUGGCAGCUGCCAAUCCUGCUUUUGGUCGCUACAAUCCCCGUCGCACUGUCGAGCAAAACAUCCAGCUGCCAGCAGCUCUUCUCUCCCGUUUCGAUCUGCUCUGGCUCAUCCAAGACAAGCCGGAUAGGGACAAUGAUCUGCGUCUGGCCAAGCACAUCACCUACGUGCACAGCCACAGCAAGCAGCCACCGACACGGGUCAAGGCUCUGGACAUGAAUCUCAUGCGGCGCUACAUCAACCUGUGCAAGCGCAAGAACCCAACCAUUCCGGACGAGCUCACCGACUACAUUGUGGGCGCUUAUGUGGAGCUGCGUCGCGAGGCGCGCAACCAAAAGGACAUGACCUUUACUUCGGCCAGGAACCUGUUGGGCAUUCUUCGUCUGUCCACGGCUUUGGCUCGUCUACGUCUGUCCGAUCGUGUGGAGAAGGAUGAUGUGGCCGAGGCGUUGCGAUUGCUGGAAAUGUCAAAGGAUUCGCUCAACCAGAUACACGAGCACCAGAAGGGACAUGUUCCCAACACCUCUGAUCGCAUCUUUGCCAUCGUUCGUGAACUGGCCGGUUCGGGCAAGGCCGUGAAGAUUGCCGACAUCAUGGAUCGCUGCACAACGAAGGGCUUCAAACCCGACCAGGUGGACAAAUGCAUCGACGACUACGAGGAGCUCAAUGUCUGGCAGGUCAACAUGGGACGCACCAAGAUCACCUUCAUGUAGAGUUCCAAUCA